CCGGACCUCGCAGCACCGCCUCCUGGAGCCCGCGGCACUGGAAAGGCUCUAGCUGCCCGGAGCCCCGGGAGACCAACUAGGCACCGCCACCUCGCUGAGGUCUGGGCAGCUCCGAGCCGCCAUCCCCCUUCUCCGCAUGGAGCCUGCGGAGCGCGGGCAGGCGGCGCGGGACCGGGUCCCCAGGAUUGAUCCAUAUGGGUUUGAAAGGCCUGAAGAUUUUGAUUAUGCAGCUUAUGAAGAAUUUUUUUCCACCUAUCUAGUGAUACUCACGAGAAGAGCAAUAAAAUGGUCUAAACUUCUAAAGGGAAGUAAUAGUAUCCAGAAAAGUAUGACAGUGAAGCGCUACAUCCGGAAAGGCGUUCCACUGGAGCACAGGGCCCGCGUCUGGAUGGGGGUGAGUGGAGCCCAGGCCCGGAUGGAGAGGAACCCCGGCUAUUACCACCGACUUCUCCAGCAAGAGAGAAAUGACAGCCUGGAGGAGGCCAUCAGGACAGAUAUGAACAGGACCUUCCCAGACAAUGUAAAAUUCCGCAAGAGCGCAGACCCCUGUUUACAGAAGACCCUGUACAACGUGCUCUUGGCCUAUGGGCACCACAACCGAGGUGUGGGGUACUGCCAGGGAAUGAAUUUUAUAGCAGGAUACCUGAUUCUUAUUACAAAGAAUGAAGAAGAAUCCUUUUGGCUGUUAGAUGCUCUUGUUGGAAGAAUACUGCCUGAUUACUACAGCCCCGAGAUGCUGGGCCUGAAGACGGACCAGGAGGUCCUGGGGGAGCUGGUGAGGACCAAGCUGCCCGCAGUGGCGGCCCUGAUGGAUGGGCAUGGUGUCCUGUGGACUCUGGUCGUGUCCCGCUGGUUCAUCUGCCUCUUUGUGGACAUCCUGCCCGUGGAGACAGUACUGCGAAUCUGGGAUUGUUUGUUCAGUGAAGGCUCGAAGAUUAUCUUCCGGGUGGCUCUGACCUUGAUCAAACAACAUCAGGCUUUUAUUUUAGAAGCCACCAGUUUUGCAGACAUUUGUGAGAAGUUCAAGGAGAUCACCAAAGGGAGUUUUGUGACUGAAUGUCACACCUUCAUGCAGAAAAUAUUCUCAGAGCCCGGCAGCUUGUCCAUGACCACCAUCACCAGGCUUCGAGAGAGCUGCCGGGCCAAGCUGCUGGCGCAGGGGUGACAUGGGCAUUCCACCCCCGCACUGACCACGGGGCUUCAUUCCCAGAGUUGACCAAUUUUUACUACUUUUUUUUAGUGCUGUAAAUACUUGAUGUUUCUAUACCUUGGUCAUAAAUUUUUUAAGAGUGAUUUAAAAUCACAUUUUCUGCAAUGGAUGAGCUAUGAAGUCAAAUUUCUACAGAUAUAUUUUUACCGAAGACGAUAAUAUAUAAAAUGUGAGAUGUGUUUGUAUUUAAUAAUAAAGUAUGCCAA